AUGUCCGAGAAUGACGCCGCCCGCAUCAGCUCUUUAACGAGCGCGAGAAGAAACACAAACGCAAACAUAGCCACCGGCAGUAAUCGCUCCUCCGUCACCUUCAAACCCUUACCCCAGACCUCCGUCCCGGCACGUGCCCAUUCGUCGAAAUCGGCCGCCGACGACCAUACCCGCUGGAGAUACUCCAAAGACGAAACCCAGAUCUCGCCCAAGUCGGCCGCCGCCGCCGCCGCCGGGGUCCGCACCAAUCGAUCGCCUUCGUCCGUCUCCAGCGCCGUGUCCGCCGCUGGCCGACGCCUGAGCGACCUCGCAACUUAUCGCCGCGACCUCGCGAUCGCCGAGAGUUCAUCUCGCAAUGCCCCCCCCUGCGGUGGUUCGGAACUGUCCAACAUUGCUCCCUGGAUGUCGACCGACGCUCCUGCGGGCUCCUCCUCGUCCAAGGCCCUGGCCACGACCUUCUUCAAUGACUCCAGCGACAGUCUCUCCAUCGCCUCGCCCAUCUCUCCCAGCCUGCACCCGGGUGAUGCUCUGUACGGCGGCGUGGCGUCGGGAAUGUCAGGAAUGGGAGUCGGCAUAGCUAUUGGAGAGGCACCUCGACGGGGCCUGCCUGGAACCGCCUCCUUUGAUACCAACUACGAUUCCACGGAUGGAGCCUACUACGCCACCGACGGAAGGCGCCCUUCGGUUGCCAGCAUUGUCACCACGGCCAGCAGCCAGGGCUCCAAAGCCAGCGGGCCCCGUGGCGGCUUCCGCAAACUUCAGGGCUUCUUUGGCGAGGAGUUCCCCGGUCGCGACAGCUCCGAGAGUAGCCUGCCGGCCUCGCUUGCCGGCAAGGAUCAGCGCUCGCGUUCCUACAGCCACACCCGACCCCCGUACCGUGAUCGAAACUACUCCAAUGCCACCGACCCGAGAGACACCUCGCCUACCUCGUCGCGGCCGAGGACUCCGGUUCCCGCUCCCGAAGUCGUACCGUUCCUGUACCAGGACAAUGCAGACAUCGCCAGAUACGGAGAGGCCCCCGUCCGCGAUGUCAUGACCGGCCCCGACCGCGAGCGCUACGCCAGCGAAAGUGCCUCCUCUCAGGCCGCCCACAAACCCUCGACCGCCUCGUCUCGCUCCGCCCUCGUCCAUCUCCCGGGCCACUAUCACCGCCACAACAGGAGCAGCGAGGACCAGAGGUCUCUGAGACCGACCCCUAGCAGGGACGAUUCCUUCACGAGCUACCACAACCCCCGCGAGCGCGGCGCCACCAUGUACAGCCAAAAGUCGAGAGCGCAGAGCCCGACACCGAGCGCGAGGAGCAUGACCGGCAACAGCGCAAGGUCCGUCCUUGCCCCCGGCCAGACGUCGCCUGUGCACCAUGGCAAGCGAGGCCUCCUCGGCCGCCUCCGUCGGAAUAAGGAGAAGGACGACGUAGCCCGCUUGCGCGACCUGCCACCCUCGACCAAGUCUCUGCAGCCGAAGCCGUCCAGCGUGGACACGCCGCGAACCGACGCGCCCUCGCUCUCGCCCUAUGUGGCUGCCUACUGGCCCAGCUCCACCGACCUGACCGAGACGCAGGAUGCUCGCAGCAUCAACCUCGCCGGCUCUCGAGGGGCAACCUUCAACAACAAGUUCCCCUUUUCCAAAAAGAACCGGACGAAUCGGGGGUUUGACUAUGAGGAGACUAUCGGCCCUACCGAUGCUAGUGACCCGGGCCACGUCUACCACCUCGACACGAACCUGAAUGACAUGGAGGGCAUCCUGACCAAGCCGCCCCGCCUGGCACCGAUAGACGCCCCUGUUGUCAACAAUGUCAGUGCUUCCGAGCGGAAAGAGUCGCUCACCGAAGGGGUCAAGGGAGGCUGGGAUGCCCCCGACAGCUGGGCCGUCCGCCGCGGUACGGAGGAGACGUCCACCCACACCCCUGACGCCGAUGAAGCCGGAAGCCCGCCCCGUCCGGACGAAAAGCUGGCCCCGUACUGCAUUCGUAUCUUCCGCUCCGACGGCACUUUCUCCACCCAUUCCAUGCCUCUAGAUGCCUCCGUCGCCGACGUGGUCGCCCAAGUGGUGAAGAAGACGUAUGUCGUCGACGGCCUCGAGAACUACCAUAUCAUCAUGAAGAAGCAUGACCUCGUUCGCGUUCUCACCCCCCCGGAGCGCCCGCUGCUCUUGCAGAAGCGGCUCUUGCAGCAAGUCGGCUACGAGGAGACGGAUAGAAUCGAAGAUCUCGGCCGGGAGGACAUCGGGUACCUUUGUCGCUUCAUGUUCCUCUCGGCAAGAGAGAGCGAUUUCCACGCCAAGACGACUGAUCAGGGCAUCUCCCGUUUCCAGAAGUUCAAUUACGUGGACCUCUCCGGUCGCAACCUCGUCACCAUCCCCAUUUCGCUCUACUCCAAGGCCGCUGACAUCGUCUCUUUGAAUCUGUCGAGGAACUUGUCCUUGGACGUGCCGCGGGACUUUAUACAGUCGUGCAAGCAUCUACGCGACAUCAAGUAUACCAACAACGAAGCACGCAGGCUCCCCCUGAGCUUGGGCCGGGCCGAGAAGCUCACGUACCUUGAUGUCUCCAACAACAGGUUGGAGCAACUGGAACACGCCGACCUCGACAGCCUCGCAGGCCUCCUCAAGAUGAACCUCGCCAACAACAGGCUGACGCAUCUGCCACAGACCUUCGGCAUGUACCAGGCACUGAGGAGCUUGAACAUCUCGUCAAACUUCCUCGACAGGUUCCCUCCAUUCUUGUGUGAGCUGCAAAGUCUCGUGGAACUGGACCUCAGCUUCAAUGCCAUCGAAAGCCUCCCAGACGAGAUUGGAAAUCUGAAAAAUCUGGAAAAGCUGCUCAUCACCAACAACCGACUGUCCGGCGAGCUUUCCGAGGGCUUUCGCCAACUCAUCAGCUUGCGAGAGCUCGACGUGAAGUUCAACUCCAUUUCGAGCAUUGACAUUAUUGCCGACCUUCCAAAGCUGGAGCUCCUGCAGGCGGCCCACAACCACGUGUCCUCGUUUGUCGGCAAGUUCGAGCGGAUUCGCCAGCUGAGGCUCAAUUCAAACCCGCUGAACAAGUUUGAAAUCAUCGAACCAGUCCCGACUCUGAAGACGUUAAACCUGUCGCACGCCCAGCUAGCCAGCAUUGACUCGGCCUUUGCCAACAUGAUGAACUUGGAGCGCCUCGUACUGGACAAAAACUACUUCGUCUCCCUACCGCUGCAGCUUGGGACCCUUAGCAAGCUGGAACAUUUCAGUAUCGCCAAUAACUCGGUUGGCGAGCUCCCGCCGCAGAUCGGAUGCCUGACGGAGCUGCGGGUGUUGGACGUUCGCGGGAACAACAUUUCUAAGCUUCCCAUGGAAAUUUGGUACGCAAAUAAGCUCGAAACCUUCAACGCCUCGUCGAAUGUCCUGGAAGCGUUCCCCAAACCUGCGUCGAGACCCCCUCGACUACCAGGGGAGGAACCUGCAGGGCCGCCUACGGUGCAGAAUGGCAAGCCGCUGCAUCGGGAUGUGCUGUCGUCGAUGCCAAGCUCCGAGGAUCUACCCGAUGACAGGAGGCCAAGCCAAGCGUCAAGCACGCUGCUCAGCGUCGGCCCGUCGCCUCUUCAGAUAGGUUCCGAUCGUAAGAGCUCGGUCGUGUCUGUCUACGGCAAGGGGGGUCGCAAAACAUCUGUAGUGUCCCGAGCCGCAUCGCAGGCAACAGUCUCCAGCACAACACCGCCGGCCAACAUUAGGAAGGACUCAGGUCUGUCAUCGAGGCUGACAAGCACCUUUGCCGGCUCGCUGCGAAACCUGUACCUGGCGGACAAUCGGCUGGACGAUGACGUUUUCGAUCAAAUUACUCUCCUGUCCGAGUUACGAGUGUUGAACUUGUCAUACAACGAAGACAUUAGUGACAUGCCGCAGAGGUCCAUAAAGAGCUGGCCGCAGCUUGUGGAGCUCUACCUUUCUGGGAACGGUCUCACGUCGGUUCCGGCCGAUGACCUCGAAGAAUCCAGUCUCCUCCAGACUCUGUAUAUUAACGGGAAUAAGUUUACGAACCUGCCGGCCGACAUAUCGAGGGCUAAGAAGCUCGCCGUCUUCGACUGCGGGAACAACUACCUAAAGUACAACAUCUCCAAUGUGCCCUAUGACUGGAACUGGAACCUGAACCCGAACCUGCGCUACCUGAAUCUGUCCGGCAACAAGCGGCUCGAGAUUAAGCAGACCGCGUGGGGUGGCAUAGACGGCCCUGGAUCGGUCAACAGGGAGCAGUACACGGACUUCAAUCGCCUACUACAUCUCAGGAUACUGGGGCUCAUGGAUGUCACCUUGACCCAGCCCAGCAUCCCCGACCAGAGCGAGGACAGGCGUGUACGAACUUCUGGCUCUCUGGCCGGACACCUGCCAUAUGGUAUGGCUGACACGCUUGGGAAGAACGAGCAUCUGUCGACGGUUGAUUUGGUCGUGCCUCGCUUCAACUCGUCCGAGACCGAGAUGCUCCUGGGCUUGUUCGACGGCCAAGCACUAUCCAGCGGUGGCUCUAAAAUCGCAAAGUACCUGCACGAGAACUUUGGAAACAUUUUCGCCAUGGAACUGAAGGGGCUCAAAACGCGCCAAAACGAGACCCCCGUUGACGCCCUUCGAAGGGCCUUCCUGGCGUUGAAUAAGGACCUCGUGACAAUUGCGGUUCAGCACACAGAGGAACGGCCGACGGCGACGCAUAGGGGAUCGGCGCAGCCGGUCGUAUUGAGCAAAGAGGAUCUCAACUCCGGCGGUGUCGCCACCGUCGUCUACCUUCAAGGGACAGAACUUUACGUCGCCAAUGUCGGCGAUGCCCAAGCCAUGGUUAUUUGCACCGAUGGCAAGCACCGAAUCCUGACACGAAAGCACGAUCCGGCCGAACCCGACGAACGUUCAAGAAUUCGCGAGGCUGGCGGUUGGGUCUCUCGGAAUGGCCGGCUCAACGACCUGUUGCAGGUGUCAAGAGCCUUUGGCUACGCUGACUUGAUGCCUGCCAUACAGGCGGCGCCUCAUGUUAGCACAAUGACCGUCAAGGAGCAUGAUGACAUCAUCCUGAUGGCCACCAGUGAGCUCUGGGAAUAUCUUUCCCCGGGCCUGAUCACAGAUGUCGCCAGGGCCGAGCGUCAAGAUCUCAUGCGCGCGGCCCAGAAGCUUCGAGAUUUGGCCAUGGCGUACGGUGCGUCAGGCAAGAUCAUGGUCAUGAUGAUUAGCGUUGCGGACUUGAAGCGGAGGGUGGAGCGGUCUCGUCUCCAUCGCGGCACAAGCAUGUCGCUGUAUCCAUCUGGAAUACCGGGCGAGGCUCAGUCCCUCAAUACGAGACGGGGUCGCAAGGGCAAGGGAGACGUUUUGGAUUCGUCCCUCAACCGUCUCGAAGCAGAGAUUCCAGCGCCGACGGGAAACGUGUCCAUUGCCUUCACCGACAUCAAAAACUCGACGACGAUGUGGGAAAUGUAUCCCAGCGCGAUGAGAUCUGCCAUCAAGCUCCACAACGAAGUAAUGCGGCGACAGCUUCGGCGAAUCGGAGGGUACGAAGUAAAGACGGAAGGCGACGCCUUCAUGGUGUCGUUCCCAACGGCCACUUCUGCGCUGCUGUGGUGUUUUGCCGUGCAGAUGCAGCUGCUGGACGUGGCCUGGCCGUCAGAGAUCCUCACCUCCGUAUCAUGCCAACCUAUCCACGACAAGGACAACAGCGUGAUAUUCAGAGGCCUGUCCGUGAGGAUGGGUAUCCAUUUUGGAGACUGCGUGAGCGAAACGGAUCCUGUCACCCGCCGCAUGGAUUACUUUGGGCCCAUGGUCAACAAGGCAUCCCGAAUCUCUGCCGUGGCCGAUGGCGGCCAAAUCACGGUCUCGUCGGAUUUCAUCUCUGAGAUUCAGAGGUGCCUGGAGACCUACCAAGACACGGAGCGCAAUAACUCGGCCGGUUCCGAAGAUGCGUUUGAGGACGAGUCAUUCGCCACUGCCAUCAGGAAAGACUUGAGAUCGCUCACCUCCCAAGGAUUCGAGGUCAAGGAGAUGGGGGAGAAAAAGCUCAAGGGGUUGGAAAACCCCGAGGUGGUGUACUCACUGUACCCGCACGCACUCGCCGGCCGCAUCGAUCACCACCAGCAGCACGAGAGGCGAGACGAGGGGCCCGACAAACCCGUGGUUAUUGCCUCCGGCGACGAGCCGUCCUUUGACCCCGAGUCCACCUGGGCCCUUUGGAGAGUCAGCCUCCGCCUGGAGAUGCUUUGCAGCUCCCUGGAGGAUACUCGAGGUAUCGGGUUGCAACUCCCUGAGACGGAACUGCUGCAGCGCAUGAAGACCAGAGGAGGCGAAGUGACGGAGCAGUUUUUGGUCAAUUUCAUGGAGCAUCAAGUGACCAGGAUAGAGUCCUGUGUAUCGAACCUCGCCUUGCGGCACAUUGCCAAGGGUGGAGGCACCCUGCGCGAGCUCAAUGAUCUGCGAGGACCCAUGGCGGACGUCCUGGACCUUUUUGCCGCGCAGAAAAAGGAGCUGGAGCGAUACAAGAAACUGUAUGGCCCUCUCUCGGAACCGGUCGAGGCCGUCUGCGAUGUGGAUAGUAAGAUCACGGAGCAGGUCGUGGACAAGAAAAGCGACGCUUCGUCCUCCGACGAGGGCUCAGAUGUGUUUUGCGAUCCGGAGCAGGACUGA